AUAAGCUGUGAUUGAGUUCACACAUACAAGCUCGGUCACUCUCUUUCUCUUGAGGGAGCAUUUAUGCCAUAGCUUUUUUCAUUCUUCUUCUUCUUAAAUCCAAAUUUUAUCCAAGUAAGAAGAAGAAAAUAAGAUGUUUAAUUUUUUGGUGAUUUUUGUUCUUCUGGGUUUAAACCAUGUUUCCAUGGCUAGCGUGGAAAAGAACCCAAAAACAACUUACAUCAUCAGAAUGGCCGGGUACCAGAUGCCAGCGGCCUUCGAACACCACUCCCACUGGUACGACUCGUCGCUCAAAUCGGUAUCUGACUCGGCCGAAAUGCUCUACACCUACAACAAUGUCGUCCAUGGGUAUUCCACCAAGUUAACUGCCCAAGAAGUCGAAGCUCUAAAGGCCCAACCCGGAGUCCUCUCCGUUUGGCCAGAGGUCAAAUACGAGCUCCACACGACUCGGACGCCGGAGUUUCUUGGGCUUGGCAAGACCGACUCAAUAUACCCCGAGUCCGAUUCGGGAAGUGAUAUCGUCAUUGGCGUUCUAGACACCGGGGUUUGGCCGGAGAGUAAGAGCUUCGACGACACUGGUCUCGGACCAGUACCCAGUAGCUGGAAAGGCGCGUGCGAAACGGGCACCAACUUCACUGCCUCAAAUUGUAACCGGAAACUGAUCGGAGCGAGAUUCUUCUCCAAGGGUUACGAGGCUACACUGGGACCCAUCGAUACAUCUCGGGAAUCUAAGUCCCCGAGAGACGACGAUGGCCAUGGGACCCACACGGCGAGCACAGCAGCUGGUUCGGUGGUAGAGGGAGCGAGCUUGUUUGGGUACGCAGAGGGGACGGCGCGUGGGAUGGCGACGCGGGCGAGGAUUGCCGCCUACAAGGUUUGCUGGGUUGGUGGUUGUUUCAGCUCCGAUAUCUUGAAAGCCAUAGACCAGGCGGUGGAGGACAACGUUAACGUCCUGUCUAUGUCGCUCGGUGGCGGAAUGUCGGACUAUUACAGGGACAGCGUUGCGGUCGGAGCUUUCGCGGCGAUGGAGAAGGGAAUUUUCGUCUCCUGCUCUGCCGGAAACGCGGGGCCCAGCGCAUACAGCCUAUCUAACCUGGCGCCAUGGAUCACAACCGUCGGUGCCGGAACUCUAGAUCGGGAUUUCCCGGCUUACGUGAGCCUCGGAAACGGGAAAAACUACUCUGGCGUCUCGCUGUACAAGGGAAACACUUUACCCGGAACUCUGUUGCCGUUUAUUUACGCCGCCAAUGCGAGUAACGCUACGAACGGAAAUUUGUGCAUGAUGGGCACUUUGAUACCUGAAAAGGUUGCCGGAAAGAUUGUUCUUUGCGAUCGGGGUGUCAACGCCAGGGUCCAGAAAGGAUCUGUAGUGAAAGCCGCAGGUGGGUUAGGAAUGAUAUUGGCCAACACAGCCGCAAACGGUGAAGAGCUUGUAGCCGACGCCCACCUCUUGCCAGCAACUUCGGUUGGUCAAAUAUCCGGCGAAGAGAUCAAGAAGUACUUGUCUUCAGACCCGAAACCGACGGUGACGAUUCUCUUCGAGGGAACGAAGGUGGGAGUACAGCCAUCUCCGGUGGUUGCGGCGUUUAGCUCGAGAGGUCCGAACUCAAUCACCCCAGAGAUACUGAAGCCUGACAUCAUCGCUCCAGGUGUCAACAUCUUAGCAGGUUGGUCAGGUGCGCUGGGUCCCACCGGUCUUCCCAUAGAUGGCAGGCGCGUGCCGUUCAACAUCAUCUCCGGUACGUCCAUGUCCUGCCCUCACGUGAGUGGGCUCGCAGCCCUCCUCAAAGGGGUCCACCCUGAUUGGAGCCCAUCCGCGAUUAGGUCGGCGCUGAUGACUACAGCUUACACCGUAUACAAAAACGGUCAAAACAUACUCGACAUAGCUACCGGAAAGCCUUCCACGCCGUUCGAUCACGGAGCUGGACACGUGGAUCCCAUCGCAGCUCUUGAUCCCGGUCUAGUCUACGAUCUAACGGUCGAUGAUUACGUCGACCUUCUCUGUGCCUUAAAUUAUACAGAUGAGCAGAUCAGUGGUCUCACCAGAAAUAAAGCCAGUUGUAACGCAAAGAAGUACAGUGUGACUGAUUUCAAUUACCCCUCGUUCGCUGUCAACUUUCAGUCCACUGCGGGUGGGUCCACCGUAGCAAAAUACACUCGAACUCUGACUAAUGUGGGUCCAGCUGGAACGUAUAAGGUGUCGUUGAAAUCCGAGACCCAAAUGGUGAAAAUCUCGGUUGUGCCGGAAACGUUGACUUUCAGUCAACGAAACGAGAAGAAAAGCUAUACGGUGACGUUUAAUGAGGUGGGAGCAAUGUCGCCAAACUCGAAUAGCUUUGGUCACAUUGAAUGGUCAGAUGGGAAGCACAGAGUGGGGAGUCCUAUUGCAUUUAGCUGGAACUGAACAUAACUAUUAAUAAGAAAGGUGGGACAAAUGGUUUUAAACUGAUACUAAGUCACCCGCUCGAAGAGGGGUUUGAUUUGUUUGAGUCCAAAUUUCAAGCUCUAUAUAAAUAUAUAUUUAUAUAUAUAUAUAAUAUAAUGUCAUUGUUUUUAAGCUUAAUUAUUGUGUAACAUUAGUACUUUAGUGUUUUCAUGUUGUUUACCUGAGAAAGUUGGAAAAAUAGGAACUACACAAGGGGAAUGGUACCACCACUGCAAGAGGGUGGUAGUGAAAUGUUUUCUUUUUCAGUGUACAAUAUUGUUCUUUGGCCAAAUUUAUUUGUCAAAGAUUAACUCAAGCUUUAUAUUUAUUUGCUUCAUUA